CUAAUAAAACCAACACCAAAACCAAAGUAAUUGCCUGAUUACUUUCGACACUGAAUUGAAAACCACUCUGACACGCUUCCGUUUUGAACUGAUAGCUCAACUGCUCGUUCCCAGGGUCUCUCAUCUUUCCGCCCUAGCCCUACCCUAUUUUAAACUAGUACAUAUGUUAUUUCACAGUGGGAAAGGCUCGAAGAUCCCGUCGUAUGGAUGGACGCCGCAGGACAAAUUUUCUACUCUUUAGGGGUAGGGUUCGGAAGUUUAACCCUCUUUUCCAGUGGAAACCCAUCCAAGAACAACUGUUAUAUGGACGCGAUCAUGGUUGCACUGGGGAACUGCGCAACCUCUCUGUGGGCCAGCAUAAUCAUGUUUUCAUUCUUUGGUUUCAAGGCUAAUUACAAAGUUAACAAAUGUGAUCUGGAUAGGUUAGCGGCGCUUGCCGGUAACAGCUCCAUAACUAACGCGACGAAAACAAUAUCGUGUAGUAGGCGAGAAAUAUUUGACCAACUUCCUCCAGGAGUAUCUCUCGGGUUUGCGGGAUUAAGCGAAGUAUUUACCGAGAUGACUAGCCUUUAUCCAUCACUGUGGUCUUGUCUCUUCUACCUACUUCUCUUUCUGCUCGCCUCCUCGAGCAUGCUGGGAAUGAUAGAGAUAGUUGUUACAACUUGCAAAGAAAUGAAACUUUUUUCAAGAACUUGGAGAAACGAAGUGAUUUGUGGUAAGCCCAAUUGCACUGCACGAUGUAAAUGUUAUUUUUAAUACUUUAGAUUGUAUCCUGAGGGUGGGAGAGGGGGGAGCGGGGCAUUAGGAAUCAGCAGGGCACUGAUGAUGCGCGCCAUUUAUUUCGCUGCGACGGCUGGCAAAUGUUGAAGUGGUUAUUUAUCACCUUGAAGCGGUAAACAGUAAGUUUUCGCUUUCAAGAAAAAAUAUUUUGUACAUAUGGAACCCGAAGAGUUUUCCUAACUUCUUAUACAAUAAAAGAGGAUUUGUCAAAAUUGCGCUCUGUUAUUGAUUUUACUAAGCAACAUCAGAUUAUG